AUGUGGCUCAGACCGUUGUGGUCAGGAAUAUGUGUUCCUCCUCCUCCGUCCCCAUCAUGGUCACUAGGUGGUGAUGGAGGUGGCGGCGGUGGAGGAAGUGAACUCAUGGAUAGAGACUGCUUCAUAAACCCUGAGUUUACUGAGAUGUUGAAUCUCACCUCGUUUAGGGAUAUGUUUCAGGCAUUUUUUAUGAAGUGGGAAUUAUCCCUGGAUUGUCCAGUUUACAACAGAAAUGUUGUCUGCAAGAUUCUAUCAAGGAUGGUACAGUUGGCAGAGGAAGUGAUGACAGAGGACCAUAAUGGUCAAUUCACUGUCCAUCCAGGAGCUACAAAUAUGUAUCAGGACCUAAGGAUUAAUUUCUGGUGGCCUGGUAUGAAGAAAGACAUUGUCGAAUUCGUCUCUAAGUGUCUUGUAUGUCAGAAGGUCAAGAUUGAGCAUCAAAAGCCUUCUGUUCGGGUAGAUUUGUCUGCUGAGAGAUUAGCUAGGCUCUAUGUGAAAGAGAUUGUGAGGCUUCAUGGGGUGCUUGAGAGGAUUGUUAAUGAUCGGGACCUGAAGUUCACUUUUCGCUUCUGGGGAGUAUUGCAGGAGGCUCUUGGCACUCAGUUGAGACCGAGCACUGCCUAUCAUCCACAGGAGGAUGCUUCGAGUGGGUUCAAACCACGCUCUAAUUAG